AUGAAGGACGAAGAUGCCCUUGCAGAUUUCCUAGCACAUAAAAAGCGUCUAACAGAUAUAUUUUUUCCUAAUUCAAGAUCAGCUAUUAUUCCUCAUGAUACGAGUGCUUACGAUGAAUUUUGGAAAUUUUUGCUGAGAUUGCAGAAAAUUGUGAGAAAAAGUUUUUCUGAAGGUCUUGAUGGGUGUCUCUUGAGUAAGAAGUCGAAGUUAAACAUUCGGACGAGCAAUUAUCGUUUAGAGGACUAUGUUAGACAUAGCGAUGUUUCAAGAGGUUCCCACAGAUCUCUUACUCGUUCAGAGCUUGAUUGCUUUCAUUUCAUAUAUGACAUGUACCUCGAUUUUCUUCUGAAACGCAAGUUCGCUCGAAUUGUGAAACUUAGAAUAGAUCAAAGUGUUCUACCAAUCGCUAACUUUAGAACAGAAUUAUUAUCUACACUAUCUAAACAUCAAGUUGUGAUAGUUGCUGGUGAUACUGGUUGUGGAAAGUCAACACAAGUACCACAGUACCUAUAUUAUGGUGAAUCAAACUCAAAUGAUACACCUGGACCUAACUCCUAUCAAAAUAUUGCUGUUACUCAACCUCGUCGCAUUGCGUGUAUUAGUUUGGCCGCACGUGUAAGUACUGAGAUGUUGAAUGAAAGAGGCUCCAAGGUUGGAUAUCAAGUCCGUUUUGAACGAAGUCGCACUAAGGCUACACGAAUUCUUUUUCUCACAGAAGGUUUAUUGUUACGUCAAAUGCAGAUGGAUCCAUUUCUGAGCGACUAUGAUGUCAUCGUCCUUGAUGAAGUACAUGAACGUCACUGGCAAACUGAUUGUUUAUUAGGACUUGUUAAAUGUCUUAUUGUUGUCCGUCCGAAACUUCGUGUAGUUCUAAUGUCAGCUACAAUAAAUGUGAACACAUUUGCUCAAUUUUUCAAUGAUUACCCAAUUAUACAGGUGCCUGGACGUCUUUACCCCAUCGAUUUGCACUACAUUCCACUUAGUCCAGUUGAAAUCGCCAACACAACUGACAGAAUCGAUCCUGCGCCGUAUAUUCGUUUACUAAGACGGAUCGACGUAACAUAUCCCGCUACUGAACGAGGCGAUCUCUUGAUCUUUUUAUCUGGAAUGGCUGAUAUUCAAGCAAUAAUGGAACCAGCUAAGGCAUAUGCUGACGAAACAAAACGAUGGAUUAUUUUACCAUUGCACAGUGCAUUAUCUGCAUCAGAUCAAGAAAAAGUUUUUCAUGUUGCUCCAGACUGUGUACGUAAAUGUAUUUUAUCAACAAAUAUCGCCGAAACCUCUCUAACUAUAGAUGGAAUAAGAUUUGUAGCUGAUUCCGGCAAAGUCAAAGAAUUAAGUUGGGAUUCCAAAGCACGAAUGCGUUGCUUAAAAGAAUUUUCAAUAUCUAAAGCAAGUGCUAAUCAACGUAAAGGUCGUGCUGGUCGUACAGGUCCUGGUGUUUGUUAUCGUUUCUAUACUCAAGAGGAUUAUGAUAAUUUUGAGGCAUUUAGUACCCCGGAAAUUCGUCGUGUUCCUUUAGAAACACUUGUUUUACAGAUGAUAGUCAUGGGUUUACCAGAUAUCAAAAAAUUCCCUUUCAUUGACCCACCUGAAAUGAAAUGCAUCGAUGAAGCACUUGAUAUAUUAAAGUCACAUGGUGCAAUUAUUCCACAGAAUAACUUGUUAACGGUUACGCCACUUGGUCAAUUAUUAUCUGAUAUACCAGUUGAAUUUUCAAUUGGUCGUAUGUUAAUUAUGGCUUCAUUAUUAAGAUUAAUUAGUCCCGUAUUAAGUUUAGCUGCUGGUAUGGCUAUUCAGUGUCCAUUAUUACCGUAUACAGCUUUCAGUGGAGCAGAACAAACGCGUCGAAUUGAAUCACUAGCUGAAUAUGAAAGUGAUCAUGGAGAUGCGUUUACAUUGGUUAAUGUUUUUGAUGAAUGGAUUAAGAUGAAAUCAGAGGCGACUGGUAUUAUUAAACAAGAUCAUGAAUUAGACGAAGUUGAUAAUGAUAAUAAUAAUAAUGAUAAAGGAUGUACAAACAUUAAACGAUGGUGUCGUCGUAUUGGAGCACAACAGCAACGUCUUCAUGAAAUGGUCCGAUUACGUAGUCAAUUCGCACAGUUGUUAAAAGACAGUGGUCUACUUGAUAGUAAAUCCACAGAGUCUGAUGAAAACCCAUCUAGAACACAACACUUUAAAAAUUUAAAUUAUGCAAGACGUAGUGAACGAAUGAAAUCUAAACGACGUCGACUUCUCACUUUACAAGAUAAUUUGAGUGAUAACUCGGAAUCUGAAAAAGAAGAUCAUCAUCUGGAAAGUGAUUCAUCUAAGUUACGUAAAUGGUUAAAUGCGUCGAGUCGCUCGUCAAUCAAUUCAUCAAAUGUACCUGUACAAGAUUUAGAACUAGUAUUAUGUUACAAUCUAUCAUCUUUAGCGCAAUCAGCUAAUAUUCAACAAAACAUGACACAAGCUGAUCUUCAACUAUUAAAAGUUGUAUUAGCUGGUGGUAUGUAUCCUCAGUUAGCUAUUGGUGAUUCAGCCAACGCUUAUCGUGUUGCUAAUCGUGGUGGUACAGCUGGAGCUGGUGCUGAAAUGGUAUUUCAUACUAAGAAUAAAGGUUUUGUUACACUUCAUCCAAAUGAUGUAUUUGUUAGAAAACCAGAUGUGUUAUUUCCUGAACGUACUUCAAAAAAACGGAAUAAUAAUCAUCCAAACCUGUCAAAGAUACAAAAGUCACAAACAUUAUUACCAGAUAAAAAUUCGAAACAAAAAACAGAUGAUGAUUUUGAUGGUGAACAAACAGAAGAAGAAAGUAUUGCUGAUGUUUUACCGUCUGGUUUUGCAUACGAUCAUCAAUUACUUAUGUAUCUGGAUUUAAUGGAAACAACUAAACCUUUUCUGGUAAAUACAAUACGGGUUCCAGCAUUACCGACUUUAUUAUUAUAUUGUCGGGAAGUGGAUACAAAUGCUGACAUUUCAAGGAUUGUUUUCGAUUCAUGGUUAGAAGUACGAUUAUUGGAUGUUGAAGCUGCACAACGUGCUGUAGCUACUACUAUUUGGUUACGUUCAACAACGCAAUGUCUUAUGGAAUAUGAACUUGCAGAAUGUUUACGUCGUCGUGACCAAACACUCACUGGUGAUAGUGGUAACGGUUGUGAUAAUGGCAAUACAGCAAAUAAUAUAUCAACAAAAUAUUGUUCUUCUAAAAAAGAUGAAAAUAAACGAAAAAUCCGUCGGCUACAGCGCAUAUUGUCUCAUAGUUUAGCAGCAUUUUUAGCUGGUCAACCUGGUGGAGCAUAUUCUAUUAAACGAUUAUUAGCAGCUGAUGUAAAACAAUUGUUUCGCAAACAGAAUAACAAUGAUAAUAAUAUCUGUGAAAACCAAUCUCAAUCUAAAUCAAUGCCUCAAAUUUGUAAGAAAAUAAAUGUAGAUGACAUUCCAUUACAAGAACCAGAUCAUGAAUCGGGCAUAACAUUUAAUUUAUUCAAAGGAGGUUAUCAAGUUACAGAUUACCUGAAUAUUGAUUCAUUACACCCUGAAAUGAUAUCAGUUGAGGGUCGAUCAAGUGUAGAAGAUAUAGAUGAGCCAGACUAUCAUGAUCCAAGUAGCAGUUAUAAUCUUGCUGUACGAUUACGAAAACAAGUCGCUUGUGGAUCGCUUAAUGAAGCUUCCAGUGAUAAUAAUUACAAAUGUUUUAAUGAAAAUACAUCGUUAUACGAAUCAAAUAAAAAUGAGAAAGAUUAUUUUGAAAAUGAUAACUUUUUAGAUGAAUGUAAGACUGCUUGUGAAACCUGUGGUAAAUUUAUUACAAUUCAAGGUACUUUGCAAACUUCUAUGUUGAGGCAUCGAAGAAACUGUCAACCAUCUAAUGAUUAG